CUCUCCCACAGCUAGAAGAUCCAACAGUACUAUUAAAUCCGUCCUCUCUCCUUUUUCUCUCUCCAAAUCACUCCGACCAAACAUAUUGUAACCAAAACCAAACAUACGUUGACAAUGGUCACCACCAAAACCACCAUUCUCGCCGGGACACUCGUUGUCGUGGCCAUUUUUUUAACAACACUUCCGGCCACAAAAGCACAGCCACCCAUGGGUGCGCCGGGUCCAUCACCACCAACCCCCAUGGCGUAUUCGCCUGGGCCAUCAGGAGGGUUGCCGGUGGCAUCUCCAGGUCCAUCAAGAGGGUUGCCAGUGGCGGCUCCAGGGCCAUCACUGGACUGCUUUAGUUACUUGGCCAACUUGUCGGGCUGCCUGACUUUUGUGGAGGCCGGAAGUAACCUGACCAUGCCGGAAAAGGGAUGUUGCCCGGAGCUGGCAGGGUUGGUGGAGAAUAAACCCAUUUGCUUGUGCCAGCUGCUUGGGAACUCUGACAGUUAUGGAAUCCAAAUUGAAGUGGCAAAGGCACUCAAGCUUCCUGAUUUGUGUGGAGUCUCCACUCCCCCUGUUAGUCUCUGCACAGCUGCAGGAAUCCCAGUGGCAUUCCCCCCUACAAGUGAAGGGCCAGCAACAACUAGUGGAAUGUCCCCAGAAGGAUUAGCAGCAGCUCCAAGAAUUGCAGCAUCUGACCUAUCCUUCCUUCUUGGCUUGGCAAUUGCAUUUCUUACAACAUUCUUCUGAUGAGAUUUUUUUUUUUAAGUUCAAUUUAACAGUUAUCUUCUAUUUAUCCAUUUAUCAUAUCUUGUAAUAUGAGAUUAUUCCUUUCCUAGUAACACCAACAACCUGGACAACCUUAUGCUAUUAUUUAUUUCAUCAUUUAAGC